AUGACACAGCACGGAUCUACUAGUAUAGACCAGCAAUGCUCUCUUAUCAAAGAGUCAAGCAAUUUACUAACUAAUGAUCAAUUGAAAACAUCGCUGGACAUAAUUGCUGAUGAACUGAAGAAAAACAAAGAAUUAAAUAAUGCGGCAAUCAUCCAACUGAUUGUAAAUACAAUUUCGCUACGUUAUACAAGCGAUCAAAUCUUUUCCAAAGCCGCUGUUUUUGACCAUCAAUUAUUUGUUAUUAUUCGCGAUUAUUAUUUCAAUCUUCUAUAUCAAUGGCGACGUAGUGGGCAUCUUGAUGAACAUUCUGGCCAGCUUUUCCCGCAAAUUGCUCUUCUAUUUGCCGAUCUGUGCUGCAAUACAGCUGAGGCUAAUGUUGACACAUUGAAGGAACUCGUAAUUCAUGAACCAUUGAUUGAUGAACUUCGAAAAUGUUUGAGUGAGAUCGCCACUAAUGGCAAACAUUUGAAAGAUAAGACAAUCGAAGCAAUAGAUUACAGUAUUCGAGCAGUUCACUAUUUAGAAAAAGGACGAGUACAAAUUCAAAAUAUUCCAAUUGUGGCUGGACUAUUGGAAAAUAUUGUCAAAUGCGUUUGUUCAAGUUAUUUUAUUAAUAUGUUUAAAAAGAUCGGUGGACUCGAAAAACUUGACGAAGCACAAACAUUUCUGCUCGACACUUGUACGGAUGUUAUUUCUUGGCAUGAUGCUGGCUUUUACAAUCAGACUCAUGUAGCUGUUCGGACUGCGCUCUUGAGUAUGUUCACUUCGUGGUUUCAAAAUUACAUAACUUGUUCUCAAAAAUUAAGCAAAUCAGCAAUUAAAAUAAUUGGCCAACUUUGUAUUACAUUGAUUGGCGGAAAUGCUAGGGAAGAUGAUAUUUUUCCUGAGCCAAUUCGUAAAGAUUAUUGUAAACUAAUCGAUCAAUUAUUUUCCAUGUUGAGUUCAACAAUAGAAAGUAGAACGCUGAAUGAUUCAAUAAUUGCCUUGCAAAGAGUUCUAACACAAAGUUUGUAUUCGUUAACAAUGACAAAUGAUCUGCGAACAUAUAUUAAAAGUAAACGAAUGAUUCCAUUAUUAUUAAAAUUAACAGAUUUCGCAGAUGAAACAAUGCAAUUUAAUGUCUAUCGGAUUCUAGCUGUUAUUUUAACAGAAGACGACAUUAAAACAUUGGCAAAUCCAAGUAAAAUUGCUAAUAUUUUUCUUCGAUUUCUUACGAGUCUAAUUGACGAUUCGAGUAUGAAGCCACGUUUCCAUAAUUUACUUCGUAGUCUUAAAAUCUUGACACAGCAUGAUCAAAUCAAAGAGGAAUUAACCAAACAAGAUGUUUUGCCACUUCUUCUUCGUUGUUCAACAGAAUCAAAAUUUGAUCCCGUGAAAGCUCGAUUGCCAGCAUUGGAAAUUCUUCUUGCGCUAACAUUUAACGCUGAAGCUGCUGAUCAACUUAAACGAAACGCACAAUUUCUUUCCAAUUUGAAAACAUUAGCAACUUCGUCGAGUGAAAAAAGUUUGCAACGAGUAGCCGAAGGUCUUCUUUGGAAAUUAGAAGAAGAAGAAACAGCCAUGACAAAGCCGGAUUUAUCGACGACAACAAAUUUUACUACAAAAGCCUAUCACAUUAUGUUAAGUUAUUCACAUAGUGACAAAGACUUAUGUUAUCAUAUCUAUGAUCGUCUUGUGCAGGACCAGUUUCGCGUUUGGCUUGAUCGUGACCAGAUGCACGGACAAACAAUGACUGCCAUGGCAAAUGCUAUUGAAAACUCAGAAUUCGUCUUUGUAUGCAUGUCGGAUACAUAUAAACAAAGUGCCUAUUGCCAAUCGGAAGCUCAUUACGCAUUUGAACGCCGAUGCCAUUUGAUUCCAUUGAUAAUUAAGCAGAACUAUCGACCCGACGGAUGGUUGGGUAUUCUAGCGAGCGGGAAAAUUUAUGUUGAUUUCCCUAAACUGGGAUUCGAAAUUGCUUAUGAAAGGAUAAAAAGCGAAAUGGCUCGUUUUCGUACUCCUUCAAACGCAUUACCCUUGCCGACACACUCAUCUCCAAAUAGCACGCCUGCCAUAGGAGAACUUAUUAAAGCCACCGUGCAAGGUCGUGCACGCGGUGAGCAAUCCGCAUCUCGGAAUUAUCCUCCCUGCAUUAAUCAGUGGACAAACGAUGACGUUCGAUUAUUUCUUACCAAUGAAAACUUCGGGAGUCUUCUUCCAGUGCUUGGCAAUAUGAAUGGGCGUCUUCUUCAUGAAGCCUACAGAAAAUGUAAAACAUAUUGGGAUUUGAUGUUUCAAACAUUUAAAAGUGAAGUUGCAGCUGAUGACCAACAAAAAAUGUUAUCGAUUGAUACGUAUAUUCGUUUUCUUGCUGAAAUCGAAAAGUACGUUCCGGAUGAUAAAACUCAGUCUUCUGAACGAGUAUCUAAGAUGUGUAUUCUCUUAUAA